AUGGAGCGGCCGAUGUACAUAGACUUAUCAGCGACAGGUUCGCGCGCCUUUGGUGCUGCUGGUACAGCACGUUCAGCCCACCCAUCACCUCGUAUUCAGCAUUUUGAUGGCGAGAUUCCUCCCCUUCUUUCACCACUCGAUGCCAUUGCCGCAGAGAGUCGACGUCUGGCGAAAGAAUUGGAGGCAACAAGGAUUGCAGGAGAACGGCGGAUGAGCAGAUUGCCACCAGCUGUGAUCACUAAAUCGCUUUCCCAACACCAGGCCAAUAGACCAGCAUGUUUUCGUUCUCUUUCAGCUCAGUCCGACGAGACUGUUCCUCCGAUUCCACAGAGGCAAGAUCUCCAGUCGUCAGGAUUUAAUCCAGAAUACAAUGAACCUCUACAGAGGCCAACGUCCUCGUAUCCACGAUUGGGUGCUAUUGCACCAAACGAAGAUCAUUCACACAACCAGGUAUUCAAGACUCCCCAGGAGCACCCUUCCACCUUACAUACUCAGGAUUACUUUGACUUGCAAAGGACAUCGUCACCUGAGCCCGUAAACGAACAGUUUAUUCGUCCUUCAGGCAUGCACCAAGCAUUAUCGAGCAUCCCUCAAACGACGUAUUCCAGUGGUUUAGUCCCUCCUUCUGCGCCAUUUACGAAGAGUAGACCAUAUCCCGAAAGUUCAGAUGACGACUAUACAAGCUCCAAUGCUGGAUCUACGUUUUCACAACCUCGGAAAUUGUCCAAUAGCAGUGGCAUGUCUUUCCCUGUCUCUCCAGCACUGCCUUCUCAGCACGAGCGGACCCCUUCGAACAGAUCAGAGAUUUCUGUUGCAAGCUUGACUAAAGCUAGAAAUCAGUUCAACUUUUCUCGGCCUAUGAGUCCAGCAACUAUGAAUCUGAAGGUCGACUCUCCAACUCGACCAGGUCAUUCGCUGGAGCGGAAAUCCUCGCACUUAUCGGAACAGGCCAGGAGCCUGACUUCUUUCGAAGACGACAGGUCUGUCUUGUCAGACGGAUCCAUUGUUUCAUCAGAUUCUCCGUACACGCAUAAUAAAUUUACUUUACCAAGGGGGAAGUUCUCCGAUAAAGCGGUACAGCGCGUUUCGCAACUAUUUUCUGAAUUAUCUGGUCCAACCCUCGAAUGGAAAGAACCGGUUUUUCCUGGUAUGCCUCUACCACAGUCUCCUGCCGACAAGGACGAUCCUCUGGUAAAUGGCUCUCCAUCUGCUAGGCUUGGUUUCCAUCCUGGUCGGUCAAGUGUCGAUCUCGUAAAGCCGAGCUAUGCGCAGCAGACCCCAAUGUCUGCCCGUACUGAUUUCGCAUUUGGAUUUGAACAGAACAAUUUUCGAGCUACGGAGCAACCUGAAAGAUCAUCUUCCUCAAGAUCCACACAGAUACCCGAUACCGCAGUUGCUGUAGUAGAACCACGGUCUAAAUCCCUACAUGACAGCUCUCCCACGAAUAAAUCAUUUAUGCCGACUUUGCCCACAAUACCUGGCUCGACCGUGGACGACAUGUCAUUAAGAUCGUCCAGACCUACUACUUCGACAGAGAGAUCAGCUAGCACUAUUAGGCCGACGACUGCACGAUCACAUAGCGACUAUCAGGCUCUGAGUGCAGACGAGCACGUUGAGAAAGCUAUAUCCCUGCACCAGAAUGGUAGCUUGAAGGAAUCGACGUAUCACCUGAGGAUAGCUGCAAAGCAGAACCACCCGACUGGAAUGCUGCUGUACGCUCUGGCGUGUCGGCACGGCUGGGGUAUGCGAGCAAACCCUCAGGAAGGUGUGGCACUGUUGCGCAAAGCUGUUGACAUUGGUAUGCUAGAGGUGGCCGAAGACGAGAAUGGUGCAAGUCCCUUGCCCAAGGCCGACUUCCAGGAGAAGAAAGCUCACCGUGCUCAAUUUGCAUUAGCUAUCUACGAGCUAGGAAUAAGUCACCUCAACGGAUGGGGAGUGGAGCAGGACAAAGCUCUAGCCCUUCGCUGUUUCGAGAUAGCGGGAACUUGGGGCGAUGUCGAUGCCAUGACAGAAGCAGGUUUCUGCUAUGCAGAGGGUGUCGGAUGCAAGAAAGACCUCAAACGAGCAGCCAAAUUCUACCGCCUAGCAGCCGACCAGGGUGUGAGUAUGAUUGGAAAUAGUUGGAUAUACAAGGAGAAAUACAACGAUAAUAAUGACGACAAAAUUACAAGGUCGAGAGGAUUGGCGAUCAAUGAAGGUGAAAAGAAGAAGCCACGGAGCAAAAGCAAGACGAGGAGUUUCUUUGGCAGGAAGAGGGCAAACACUCUCUCGGAAAAGGCUCCUGCAUCGCCAAAAAUGUCUAUUGAACAGUGA